UGGUGGCCUUUUCCAAUGCCUAUAAACAAAAUACAAAGCCGCAAACAUCCUAAAAGAGCUCCAGUAGGCGCUCAAAUGGCUACCCUCUGAUCACUCUCGGUAUCUUCAACACUCACCUCAUCGUCCUUUGCCCGAAACCUUUUCACAAAAUUAAGGUUUUGAGCAGCAGAAAGCCGGUUUCCGAUGAACCUUCGGCCGAGACAAAAACAACCCUUCAUUGGGUUCACCAAAGCCGAGGUUGAGAAAAUGGAGCAAUUGUUUGACGAGUCUAACGAACAGUCUCUGGAUGAGAACUUCUAUAAGAAACUGGCAAGAAGUUUCAACUAUUCUAAUAAUCGAGCUGGAAAGCCUAUUUUGAAGUGGACAGAGGUACAAAGUUGGUUUCAGAAGAAGCGUAAAAACAGCCUAUUGAACGAGUGUCCAUUUGAUUCAAAGGAAUCCCCUAUUUUUCCGGACGAUCUUACGCAAGAUAAAGCAAUUGAAAAUCCUGAAUUUCCAAAAGGGGAAAAGGGUCGAGACAUAUCCAAGUUGGAGUUUGAGGCAAAAUCAUCGAAAGAUGGAGCAUGGUAUGAUGUCGAUACAUUUCUCUCCCACAGAUUUGUCGGCCCCGGUGAAGUUGAAGUCUACGUACGAUACACUGGGUUUGGGACUGAUGAAGAUGAAUGGGUCAAUGCUAAACAUGACGUGAGAGAACGUUCUAUUGCUUUGGAGCAUUCAGAAUGCAACAAAGUGAAUGUUGGGGAUAUAAUCGUGUGCUUUCAGGAGAGACACGAUCAUGCGAGAUACUAUGAUGCACACGUUAUAUCGAUCCAAAGGAGAUUGCACGAUAUACGAGGUUGCAGAUGUCUUUUCUUGAUUCGAUAUGACCAUGAUAAAUCAGAGGAAAGAGUGCCCUUGACGAGAUUAUAUUGCCGGCCAAACUUGCUUGCCCGUUUGGAAAGUACUUAGGUGUCGGUUGGUAAGUUAUAGCUUGUGAAAGACACAGAAAAAAAAGGUCACCUUAUGCCUUCGGCUUGAAUGUUUUGAGGACUGAUCUUCAAGGAACUGGAAAAUAUUGUGGUUUGGGUUUUCUCUUAAACAUUAAAUCUAUGCAUUUUCAUGUAAAAUUUGUUGCCUACAGAAUAGUGUUAAUACUGUUGUCUGUUGCUGUUCAUUUUGGGGUUUAAUUUACCCGAAUUAGGUGUAAGGUUUGGCAAAUUUACAUAGAACUGCACUUCUCUUGAGAAUAAAUUUUAGUUUUCUGUGAUUGAGUUAAUCUCAGGGUAU